AUGGCAUGCAGUCUCAUCAACGCCAAGAACAACGUUCCCUACCACCAGCGCGCCUACCAGGCCGCUUACAAGGCUCACACCCGCCUCUGGAUGAUCAACAGCCGCAGCCGCUUCUACAUCGUCCCCUACACGGCCCUCAUCUGGGGCACCUUCGCCGCUACCAUGUACGCUGGCUGCCGCAAGGUCCUCGGCAAGAACACCUGGUUCAGCAGCUAA